AUGACCUCAUUGAGUAAUAUACCUGGUUCUAGAGAGACCUCUUCAAUACCAUUAACAAGAGAUUCUUUAUCUGAGAGAGUUUCUAUUAAAACAUUACAAGAAGAAUUUAACCGAUCUAUUAAGCAUCGUUACAGUUUGAGUAAAAAACUUGAUGAGAAUUUAUUGGCUAGUAUUUUAUCUUUAAUACUACCUCCAGUAGAGCCAGAAAAAAACUUAUCUCUCUAA